AUGCCAAACAGCACCGAGACGCUCCUCGUAACCGGCGCGAGCGGUUAUUUAGGCGGCCACAUCAUCAAAACUGCGCUCGAUAAAGGAUACAAUGUUCGAGCAACCGCCCGCAGCGACUCAUCCGCGAAACACAUCGCAGCCGAGUUUCCACAACACUCAGCCCAACUUUCCUACGCCAUCGUACCUGACAUGACCAAGAUGGAAUCAUACGAGAAAGCCCUACACGGGGUCACGGGCAUCAUCCACGCAGCAUCGCCCUUUGUCCUCAACCCCGAAGACAACGUCAAGGACUUGCUGGAGCCGGCCAUCCAAGGCGCAGUCACCAUCCUAGAAGCCGCCAAGAAAUGGGGAGACUCUGUCAAACGCGUAGUGCUAACAUCCAGUCACGCAUCCGUCUGUGACUUAUCCAAGGGCAAGCGCCCCGGCUACGUGUACAACGAAAAGGACUGGAACCCCAUAGCCUUUGACGAGGCAGCCAAAGCCGACGGCGUAGUGGCAUACUGCGGCUCCAAAACCCUCGCCGAGCGCGCAGCAUGGGACUGGGUCGAGAAGAACAAGCCCAAAUUCGACCUGGUCACCAUGACGCCCCCCUGGGUCUUUGGCCCCUACGUAACCGACCUGACUAGCACGAAACACCUCAGCGAGUCCCUCCAGCUGCUAUACGGGAUCCUCGACGCGAAGGACAUUCCGCCCUUUGACUUCGGCGGCUUCGUGGACGUGCGUGAGAUUUCGGCCGCCCAUGUCCGUGGCUACGAGGUCCCCGAGGCGGGGGGGCAGAGAUUCUGGGUCGGACAGAACUUUAGCUACCAGGCUGCUGUGGAUGCGGCGAGGAGGGAACUUCCCGAGCUGCAGAAGAGGUUGCCUGAGGGGAAGCCCGGGUUUGUCGAUGAUACCUACACGGUUGACGGGAGUAAAGCUACGAGGGUGCUGGGUAUCAAGUAUAGGAGCUUGGCGGACACGGUGAGGGAUACGUAUGCGCAGCUUCUUCGUGCGGAGGCCGUUGAGGCGAGAGCUUAG